CGCAAUUUCCUCGAAAUUACUCGUCUGAGUCUAAAUGAAGCUGCCAUUCAAUUUGAAGCACACAUAUGUCAUCCUUAUAGAAGCUAGUGGAAGUUACAUUACCAUUGUUCCAUAUGGAAUCAUCACAGUUUCUCCAAAUAAGGAUAAAGAGAAUUACUUAGUCCAUGCCCAGAUUCCAUUAGGCAACUUCGUCAAUUUCCUUUCUGGAGCUGCAAACUUUCUUGGAAGCUUCCUUCUUUGGAUUCUUCGACAAGGUAAGGUAAUUAUGAGAAGGAGCAUUCUAUUUGCCAGGGAAGGCAAGUUGGCAACACCCCAUAAGAUGAAGCUCAAACGCGAUUGGCAAAGAGGGUUUUCUUAAACAUGGUAAUAUAUACAUGCAUGUAUAAGGAUCAGGCUCAAACGCAUAGUAACCAAAGCAUGUAUAGAAUCAGUCAA